GAUUGAUCAGAUCUACGUCACAGUAUAUACAGUAGCGCAACUCUCCCGAUUUCAGCGUGUACGAAAUUGAACUGCACAUGCGCGAGCUAAAAUUCGGUUAGAAUUGGCGGGAGCAGACGUUUAGCUGUACAUCAGCUGUAUAGAAUCGAAGUGAAAAGCUGUGUCAAAAAAAAUAGAUAGUGAGAAGUGUUCAGUGCUCAGUGGUGUUCAAUGACUGAGUGGAAAUUAAUAUUAACUGUCGAGGAGAAUCUUUGUUCAGAGAAUAGUUGAUCUGUAUAAAUUUUAAUUAUAAGAUUUAUACAGAUUUUCUAUUCUCUUCUAGAAGCACCUUUGAUCUUAGCUUUGUUGCAGGUGCAGCUUCUUGGAAGAUACAGAUAAUAAAACAUAAGGAAAGAGGAUGUCAGCUUCUAAAUCAAGUUUAUGGUGUGUCGUAAAGGAGUGUAACAAUACUACGGAGAAAAGACACUUCUUUUUAUUUCCAAAGGAAUAUGAUAGAUGAUUGCAAUGGAUACGUGCAUGUGGAAGGUAUGAUUUAGAGGUAAUGGGUCCCGAAUACGCUCAUCGCAACUAUCGACUGUGCCACUUGCAUUUUGAAGAAAAGUGAUACAAAAUAGGCAAAAGUAGAGCCAAUCUUCAUCCUGAUGCAAUACUAACUAUAUUUUUUGGAACAAACAAUACAUCUGUAACAUCAGAAAAUGUUGGAAAUAUAGUUGAGGCUUGUCAAAAAGAAGAAACAAGCAGCAAUAUCCAGUCAACAGAAAUAUUGCCCAUGGAUACCUAUGCCGACAUUGCUAAACCGAGUACAUCCAGCAAUACUGAUUUAUCAACUGUGACAGAAAGUCCGAGGAAGAGGAAAUUAAAAGACCGAAAUUUAAAGUUAAAGGCAGAAAAUAAAAUGCUGCGAGAAAGAAUUAGACGGCUUGAAAAGAAGAUCGAAAAAUUGGAAAAUAUAAGAAAAAAUAAGGAAGAUGUCAAGGAACAUGAGAGUCUUCGUCAGUUAGGUUGUAAGUUACUACCUCCAAAUGUGGCACAAUUAUUAUCUGCACAGGUUGAUGCCCAAAUUAAAAGCAAACAUGGAAGAAGAUACACUUCAGACUUUAAACAAUUUGCGUUGCGGUUAUAUUUUGUAAGCCCGCGAAAUUAUCGAGAACUUAAGAAACAAUUCGCAUUACCUUCCAUACGUGGUCUGCAAUCAUUUACACAAACAUGGAAAAUUAAUCCCGGGAUAAAUAAUAACAUUUUUGAUGUUCUGUCUGUCAAAAUAAAUUCAUUGCCGCCUUUAGAACGACAUUGUAUAUUAUGCAUAGAUGAAAUGAGUUUGAAAGCUCAUUUAUUUUACAACAUUUCACAAGAUGAAAUAAUCGGGUUUGAAGAUACGGGUAACGAAAAAUCAGCAAAACCUGCAAAAAAUGCUUUAGUUAUAAUGGCACGCAGCAUUGCAGGGGAUUGGAAACUUCCAGUUUGCUUUUGUUUUGUGGAAACGUCAUGUAAAUCAAAUGUAAUAAAACCUAUUAUAUUUGAUAUUAUUCGGAAAUUGCAAGGUUGUGGUGUUAAUGUGCACGCUUUAAUUUCGGAUAUGGGUUCCAAUUUUAUGCAGCUAUCUCGUGAAUUGGGUAUUUCCACAGAAAAUUGUACUUUUUUAGUUGAUAAUUUUGAAAUAUUAUAUAUAUUUGAUACACCUCAUUUGAUGAAAAGAACACGCGAUAAUUUAUUUAAACAUCGUAUAGAAUUUGAAAUGAACAAAGUUGCAUUAUGGGCUCACAUUAUAGAAUUUUAUAAUAGAGAUAGCAAACAAUGGAUCAAAACUGCUCCAAAGCUAUCUAAAAAUCAUGUAGAACCUACAAGUUUUCAAAAAAUGAAAGUUAAAUAUGCCGUUCAAAUUUUCAAGUAAUCGCGUAGCUGCGGGCAUG